AUGAACUUAAAUGGAACCAGUCAAGGGUUAAGUUUUAGUACUGGGUACGUCAAAUGGCCAGACUUGGACAGCUUGUCAUCAUUAUUAAUUUCCAACAAGUGACAUUAUAUUUAUACAUCAAUUAUUCAUUACGAUGGAGACACUGUAGAUCAGCUGGUAAAGAUUGACUCAACUAGUGUGCUUCAGAAUUUUUCGCCAACUAGCGAUUAUACAUAUAGGGAUAAAUCAUAUACGAAAUAUAUUGGAUGCCAGUAUGACUGAUGCAAGCAGGGGAAAACGGGUUUUUCUGGGUUUAUGUAUUAUUUUCACGUUUAUAACGAUGGCUCAAAUAACAUUUAUGAAAGCGAAUUCCAUGAAUCAGGGUGCUCCAGUGGAUGCUCAGCAUGCCCCACUACGUCAAUGUGCCUGCCAUCUGAUUGCCUUAUUACGCAAUACUAUAACUCAACUGACUCCAUUUGUUAUUUAUGCCUUGCUACUUGUACGCAUGGCUGCUAUAAUCCAAAUGAUUGCAAUCUUUGUUCAUAUAAUUAAAAUAUGGCGUCUUCGUCUGAGCAUGGCCUCCCGGCCAUGCAGCCUCGACUCAUAUUUUAAUUAUAUCCGGCAAGGUUUUACCAUUUCAGAGAUGGACAGCAAUGCUAGGUAAGCAAUUCUGGUAGCUUUCAGAGCCUAGCCCUAGUCUAAUCUCAGGGGUGGAUUUUUCCUCGUGGGAAAGGAGGGUACAAGGUUGGAAAGGGGAAGCUCAGCAAAGCCCUCUGGACCAUUCGGGCAACUCCCUAGCGUGAAACUGGGCGUUACGUCCCAGGCUUUGUAUUUUUCCUUUUUGCCGAUAGCUGACCAGAAAAAUCCAUUUUUUGGGUUUUUCGAAAAGCAACCCAUGUACAAGCAAGUAGCUCAUUCAUGAGCCGUCGAAGACGUGGACAUUUGCCCUAGAAGAACCUUGGAGAUCGAAGCGAGUCUGUCCCCAGCGGACUGGUGGGCCCCGAUGCGACGAAAGGCGAGUGAUAAACCUGGGUCGUAACCCCGUAGUGGACGUUAAGCGAUAUAAAUUCCAUAAGAUAAGAUUGCAAUCUUUGUUCAAUUCCAGGAUGCUUGACGUGCACAGGCUCAAAUGUUUGUGGAAAAUGCUCUGGCGACUAUAAAUUUAUUGGCAGCACAUGCAGAUGCUCUUAUAGCUACUCGGUAUUAAACGCCACAGAAUCUACUUGUGGCUGUUCCAGUCAAACUAUAAGUUACCAGUCUCUAUGCAUUUCUUCAUGCCCGACUGGUAGCAGCUAUGAUGCAACUUCAGAAACUUGCGUUUUGGAUGCAAACGCUGGGCUCAUAUUUUCGCUGACUCUUAAUCAGAUUAAGGGGAUAGUCAUAGACAAGGUGUACAGUUUCCAGGUCCUGGCUGGAACGUCUACAGAUUUUUAUCCUACUUAUGGAAGCUAUGACCCAAUCCCAUCAUAUCGCAGGGGCUACUACUUUAAUGGAGGUUCUUUGAUGCAGUUACCUCCAAACAGUGUGAUGAAUACAAAUUCUCUCUACUUUAGCAGCCAUGUGACUGUUUCUGUGUGAAUGUGACCAAGGGCUAAUAAUGGAGUGAUUCUGGCUAAGCAAGCCUCUGCGAGUCCUUUUACAGUUUACCUUUCUUUUGAACUGAUAGCAUUAAAAUUAUUUGUUAAUGUUUAUUCGUCAGAAACAAGCACUUCACAGCAAUUUUACUCGCAAAAUAGCUUAACAACUACUAAUUGGCACCAUGUCGGAUUUUCUUUAUCUUACAGCUUCCCAUAUAACCAAGUUACCUUUUACGAAAAUUUUCUCACAAAUCUGGCUAUUCCUGCUAAAGGCCCUCUCCUUGACAUUGAAAGCUCUUACACCAUCUUAAUAGGAGCAAAGUACAGUUCCCAACAGACCUUGCUUGCUAUGCUAACUGGGUUUAUUUACAGCAUAAAAAUAUGAAACAUAAUAAUAAACCUUUCCCCUGAAGUUUCCUCAACUUGCUCAGAAUGUAACUUUUGCCCUUCCUCAUAUACGCCAAAUUGCCUCCAGCCAUUUCAAAUAAACAUGUAUUAUGAUACUACACAACAAUUGUGGAGCGCCUGUUCAUCCUCAUGCGAUAAUCUCGGUUGUGUAAGAUACGAUACAGCCUGCAACCUAUGUGACAAUCAGCUCUGUGCCUUAUGUGACGAUUGAACUGGCUGUAUAAGUUGCAUGAAUAACUGUCAAACAGGCACUUUCUUAGUCACUACUCCAUGCUCAUGCGUCCCUUGCAUUUCCAACUGUGUGACAUGCACUGCUCAAACAUUUGCAGGCUGCAGUAAAUGUGCAAGCGGAUAUUAUCUAGAUGGACUCAACAAUGCAUGCUCAGCAUGCGCAUUGGGAUGCGAUACUUGCUCUGGACAGCACAAUGGAGACUGCUUGACGUGCAAAAGUGGGUAUUAUCUUAAUCCAGGAGGUCUUUGCUUGCCUUCGUGUCCUCUAGGAUAUUCAGGGAAUCCUUGCAGUGGGGCAAGCGCUUUGGCUAUCCAUUAUAUUUUUAAUAAAGAAACGAAUACAGUUUCAGAUCUAGUGGGUGGAUAUAAAGCUUAUAUGGGGUCAAGCGACCAGUAUAUGGGGAAUUUUGAUGUUAAUGAUCCUUAUCCAAUUUAUCAAUCAGGGCUUUAUUUUAAUGGGCAAGCCUAUAUGAAGCUCCCUCCGAAUUCAGCAGAUCAGCAAGAAGCAGUUUUAGGUAAUGCCCAUAGCUUGUUGAUUUGAUUCAGACCUUUAUCCACUUCUAAUCUUCAAUACUUGAUAUCCAAAGAGCUUUCAAGUGACUCUUUCUAUAUAUCAAUUAAUGACUCGCUCCUCUUUGAAGUUACUUAUUAUGUGUAUGAUGAUAUUACAGCAUCAUACAAAGGCUACAUAUAUUCCGAAGCUUCGUCACAAUUAAGCUGAAAUUAUUGACAAAACAUUAUUGUGAUUUUCCAGCGCACUUCUUAUGCCCCAGGAUUUUCUUUUUAUAUUAACCAAGUCCAAGCUACCAAUAUAAAUUCCAUCACAAACUCGAUGUUCAUAGACUUUUCACGCUCAAAUUUCAUAGUAGGAUACAGUUUUCAGCACUCUCUUUACUUUAAGGGCUUUAUCUAUGAAAUUAGCAUAUAUAGAACUUUCUCUUCAAUAGCGCGAUAAUGCGCAUUCCUAAGUUUUACCGGAGGGUCUUGGACAUAUGAAAACCUGCUAUUCCUUAUUCAUGGGGGAGACAAACAGCCUAAAUAAAGAAUUCUGCCUGAUCAAUCUCGAGAACUUGAAGAGAGGCUGUGUGGAAAAAUUACAUUUUGGUUCGUCAAAUGGAUCUGACGAGCCAAUUCUGGCCAGUACUUGAAAUAAAAAAUGAUAGUUGCCAGAAUUUUAUUAAUUUUCUGAUGAAGAGUAUGAUCAGAAUUUUAAUAAUUCCUUUUGACAAUAAAAUUCAAAAUUAAAACUUUUAAUAGAAGAUUUAAAGAGAUAAUUAAAGCAUAAAGAUAACGUUAUGAGUAUUCUUUACUGCUAAGGGAGACGAUGCCAGUAAUGUUUUUAAAUUUUGACUUUUUUCAUAGUGACUUAACCAUCUUAAUAAUUUUUUAAUUUUUAAAAUUUAAACUUUUAAUAGAAGGUUUAAAGAGAUAAUUAAAGCAUAAAGAUAACGAUCUGAGUACUCUUUACUGCCUUAGGGAGAUGAUGCCAGUUAUGAUUUUUAAAUUUUGACUUUUGUCAUAAUGACUUAACCAUCUUAAUAAUUUUUUAAUUUUCAAAAAUUCAAACUUUUUAAUAGAAGAUUUAAAGAGAUAAUUAACGCAUAAAGAUAACGUAAUGAGUACUCUUUACUGCCUUAGGGAGACGAUGCCAAUAAUGAUUUUUAAAUUUUGACUUUUUUCAUUGUGCUUAACCAUCUUAAUAAUUUUUUAUUUUUUAAAAAUUUAAACUUUUAAUAGAAGAUUUACUCUUUACUGCCUUUGGGAGACGAUGCCAGAUGCCAGUAAUGAUUUUUAAAUAUUUACUUUUUUCAUCGUACUUAACCAUCUUAAUAAAUUUUAUUUUUUAAAAAUUUCAAACUUUUAAUAGAAGAUUUAAAGAGAUAAUUAAAGCAUAAAGUAAACGUAAUGAGUAUUCUUUUACUGCCUAAGGGAAACGAUGCCAGUAAUGUUUUUAAAUUUUGACUUUUUUCAUAGUGACUUAACCAUCUUAAUAAUUUUUAUUUUUUAAACUUUCAAACUUUUAAUAGAAGAUUUAAAGAGAUAAUUAAAGCAUAAAGUAAACGUAAUGAGUACUCUUUACUGCCUUUGGGAGACGAUGCCAGUAAUGAUUUUUAAAUUUUUGCUUUUGCCAUAGUACUUAGUGACUUAACCAUCUUAAUAAUUUUUUUAAUUUUUUAAAAAUUCAAACUUUUGUCAUAGUGACUUAAUUAAUUACUAGAUCCUGUGCCUUUUAUUAAAAUUCUGAUCAUACUCUUCAUCAGAAAAUUAAUAAAAUUCUGGCAACUAUCAUUUUUUAUUUCAAGUACUGGCCAGAAUUGGCUCGUCAGAUCCAUUUGACGAACCAAAAUGUAAUUUUUCCACACAGCCUCUCUUCAAGUUCUCGAGAUUGAUCAGGCAGAAUUCUUUAUUUAGGCUGUUUGUCUCCCCCAUGAAUAAGGAAUAGCAGGUUUUCAUAUGUCCAAGACCCUCCGGUAAAACUUAGGAAUGCGCAUUAUCGCGCUAUUGAAGAGAAAGUUCUAUAUAACUACGCAAUAACUUACCAAGCUCCUUCUAAUAAUUGUGGAUGCUCUGAUUGUGCAAAUAGUGGAAAUGACUGCUUGAGACCGUGCGCAUUCAAUGAAUUUUAUGAUGGAAGUUGCAAAGGCUGCGAUGGAGGAUGCGCAACUGGCUGUAUGAGGAAUGGGAAUUGCUAUAUGAAUUUGGAUCCAUUGUGUGUCUCAGCAACUGGAUUUGCAAUUAGUGAAUGCACAAGUUGUAUAACCAAUGCUAGUGGCGCUGGAACACAAUGCAACUGUAUUUCGCAUAUGCAUUAUGACUUGCAAACAUUGGCAUGCGUAUGCGAUUCAACGUGGCCUUACUGUAUUUCAUGUGACUCUUACUGCAGUCAAUGUACGGGAAAUUAUUAUUAUUUGUGCGAUUUAUGCAUUGCAGGGAAAGUUCUUGUUGAUGGGGUGUGCUUAGACAGCUGCCCAUAUGGAUUCAGCAGCCCUUGCAUAAGCCCAACUUCUUCAGUGAUUGACCAAUUGUUUAACGGUAACUUUCAAGGUUUAUACGGAAUAUUUCAAACUGCUACAUCUAGUUCUUCCUAUCAGCCUUUCAUUAGCCCAGAAGCUCAAGACCCUUAUCCAGUCAAAAAUAGAGGUCUUUAUUUUUAUCAAGGCUCCUAUCUUGUAACAACCCAAAGUAUCACCUUAAAUUCAUGAUUUUCUAUAGGCUUCUGAAUCUAUGUCAUAUUUCAUGGCACUUUUGCAUGGACGACUGAUUCAUUGUCAAUCAAUUCAGAUAUGGGUAUUACACUCCUAGGAGAGUCAAUUUCUUUUCCUGCAGAUUAUUACGGAUGAUAUUAUUUAUCUUUUUCUGUCUCAUACAGCCAAGAUACAGUUCCUGUAUCCAUAUAUAAGAAUGGCUCGAAGCAAAACACUGCUACACUGACUCAGAAUAAAAUAUUUAGAGUUUCAUCAUCGCUGAUAAAUGUUGGCGCACGUCUUCCUGGUUCUUUUGUUGGGUUCAUUUACUCUUUUGCAUUGUGAAAUGAAGUCACGAGUGAUUUUUCAAGUCAGCUAUCACAGCCUUGUGGAAGCAGUGUAGGGGAUGUAUCAUGUUUAUGAAGUUGUGAUGUCAACCAAUAUAAAGAUUUACAAGGCUAUAAAUAUUGCCAUGAUUGCUAUAAUGGCUGCACGACAAAAAAUUCAUGCAAUAUUUGUGACGAUCCUUUGUGCGCUGUUUGCACAGGAUUUGGGUCUGAAAUGUGUACUACUUGUGUAGACAAUGCUUCUGGAACCCCAUGCGCUUGCAAUGCAAAUUAUAUUUCUCCAGAUGGCUUUUCAUGCACUCUCAAAUGUUUUACUGGAUGCUCCAGCUGCUUGUCAACUUCCUAUACAAGUUGCACCUCUUGCGCACAGAACUAUUUCUUAUACCAAAUGAUUUGCUACACAACUUGUCCACAAGGAACCAUUUCAAAUUCAGUGACAAAAACUUGUGAUAAAGAUUUCCCUAUGUCUAUAAGCCUUGAUUUCUAUGCAUUAGCAAGCCUGCCUUCUAGCUACUCAUCCGCUUCAGGUAAAACCCCUUACUUCAUAAGUGACCGAGGCUGGCGCUUCUUUCCUCAAAGCUAUAUUUCAACCAGUGUCCAACUCAGCAGCUAUAUAACUAUAUCAAUGUGGAUUUGUUUUACAGCAUACACUAGUAUAGAUACUAUAUUCUAUAUGAGUAGGGAUUGGGGAAUAAGCUAUAACGGUAGCAAUAAGCAGCUUGUUUUCAACACAGGACCUAUUGUAUGAUCUCAAGCACAAAGUUUGUCAACAUUAGAUAUAAACACAUGGCACUUUUUGUUCAUUUCAACCAUUCAUAACAGUGAUGGCACUAUUAAGCAGCUGAUUCAAUUGGAUUCUACUUCGUUAACUCAAGAUAGUCUAACUCCUGCAAGUGAUUUUAUUUUUCAAGACAAAGGCGGUAGCAAAUAUAUUGGCUCUCAAUUCGAUUGGAAUAAUCGAGGUUACACGAGCUUUACUGGGUAUAUGUACUGGCUCCAUGUAUAUAAUGAUGGCUUAUAUUAUACUCCAAACUAUGAGCCUGCCAGCUCAAAUUGUCCUAGCUGCUCAUCAUUAUGUCUUUUAUCACUAUACUGCUUACCUGGAAUUUGCCCAUAUAGCCAAUAUUAUUAUAACUCAGGAUGUCUUUCCUGCAAUGGCUGCUCUAAUGGCUGCAGUAACAGUAAUGACUGUAUCUUAUGCACUAUAACUAGUUGUGCCACUUGCACUGGGACAAGCACCUGCGGAUCAUGCAUAGGAAAUUAUGUAUUCCUUGAUGGGGAAUGCCAAUGUCCUUACACUUGAGUCAGCAACACAGCUUCCUCCACUUGCAUUUGCUCAAGUUCGUUAAAAUUCAAUGAUGUAUGUGUAAGUUCCUGCCCAACAGGAACUUCAGAUAAUUUAUCUGGAGUUUGCACAUUGCAAGCUAGUCAAGGACUCGUACUUUCAUUGGCUUUUAAUCAAAUUAAAGGAACUGUGGUAGAUUCAUCUGAUAGCAAUAUUAAAGUCUUGGCUGGCAUUUCUAGUGAUUACUAUCCAAAUUACGAUCCUUAUGAUCCAAUUCCAGCAUAUAAGAGAGGGUAUUAUUUUAACGGACAUUCGCUUAUGCAGCUGCCACCACACUCAUACGACAACACUUAUUCUCUUAAUUUUGCAACAGACUUUUCAUACUCGGCGUGAAUAUGACCUCAGGGAGGGGAUGGGGUCAUCUUUACUAAGCAGAGUGAUGGCUACCCUUAUUCAAUAUAUCUAUCAAUCGAGAUAUCUUCCCUUCAAGCAUUCUUUAGCUUUCAUGACCCAAUUUUAAAUUCCCUUUAUUCCUACAGUUCUAGUGCCCCUAUUAAUACUUCUGGAUGGUACUAUAUAGGAUUUUCACUCAGAUAUAAAUUUCCCUAUAACCAAUUAACUUGGUAUGUUAAUAGCAACUUUGAUACUCCAUUUGUUCUAAAGCACCCGUUUGUAGACUUGAUCAGCGACUACACUAUUUUAAUUGGAGCAACUCACAAAAAUUCCGAUGAAUGAAUGAAUUUUUAUACAGGAUUCAUCUAUAGUAUGAAAAUAUGAAACACUGUGGUAAACCCCACUCUGUAUGAUCUCUCUUAUACAUGCGAUUCCGGCUGUUCUUUUUGCCCAUUGGCCUCCUCUUCUUGUCUCCCGAACCAACCAAUUUCCAGCUAUUAUGACCUCUCGUCAUCUUCAUGGAAAGCUUGCUCAGAUUCUUGCAAAUCGACUGGAUGCGUUAGAAGUGACGGCUUUUGUAACCUAUGCGACGAUAAUUUGUGUGAUAUUUGUGAAGACUGGACUGGCUGCAAAACUUGCAAGGCAAACACAAAACCAUCUCAGUUCCCAUGCCAAUGCGCAUCAGGCUUUUAUUAUGACUCAUCAGCAAAUCAGUGCACAGCAUGCUUUUCUUUCUGCAGUGUGUGCACUUCUUCACAUAAUGGGGACUGCUCUGGCUGCAACUCUAACUAUUAUUUGACACCUGAAAAUCUUUGCCUAUCUACUUGUCCUUUACUUCCCUUUUCCUGAAACUCCAAGUUUUUUGCUAGCGGGCUAAUUUUUAAUUAAAAAAUCCAAUUGCAAAAUCUGUUAUUAGAAUAGUAUAUUUUUUAGAAUGCAAAAAAAAUAACAAGUUAAAUUCUUAGAUAGCACAGCAUCUAAACUUAAAAUAUAGUAUAUAAAAAUCCAUGUAAAAUUUUUUGCCUAGAGAAGGUAUUUCCCAAAAAGUUUAAUCCUUUGCGUGGAGCUAGGAUAUACACAAGUAUCUGGCAGCCCAUGCACAGCAGUAUCUCCUAACUCUAUAGUUCUUCAUUAUGUGUUCACUAAGUUAACAAAUACUAUUGCAGACAAAGUUUCCGGAUUUUUGGCCUAUAUGGGCUCAACAGAUACUUAUCUAGGGCCUAAUGAUCCAUGGCCUAUAUAUCAAUCUGGACUCUAUUUUUCUGGGAGUUCAUACGUUUCGCUGCCUCCAAAUUCUGUAGACUCUAAAGAAGUUGUUUUGGGAAAUAAUCAUAGUUUACUAUUCUGGAUCAGACCUACAUCUUCGAGCACUAGUGGUAUUAUUUAUUCAAAAGAAAACGCUUCACAAAUUCAUAGCUACUUCAUGAUUGACUCAAAUAGCAAUCCCUACGUAAAUUAUGCAGUCUAUGAUGACACCACAAUGGCGUCUAAUAAUAUCCACCUCAAAGCAAGUUCUAUCACUAAUAAUGGGUGAUAUAAUAUUGUUAUCCUAUUAUCAUGAACACCUCAUUGUAAUCAAAUUUCAAUAUAUGUUAAUGGAGUCCUCGAUACUUAUGAGAGUUUUGCUCAAGUUCAAAAUUCCUAUUUUAUGGAUAUUUCUGGCGAUAUAGCUCCUGCACGCCUUUAGUGUGCCUUGAAGUCCUCUUCGCAGCAAGGAGACUAGUGGGACAUCUAGAGGUGGCAAGUUAACUCCAAAUUGAAAAAUACCAGCAAAAGGCUCCUAGUUGAGAGGAGGAACUUUGCUUCAAGGUGCGCUAAAGGUGUGCAGGGGUUAUAAUUUUCUUCUAGGAGCAAGCAAAGCUGAAGGAAUUUUUUAUACUGGCUUUAUUUUUGAAAUGGCCUUAUAUAACUAUGUGAUUAGCAUUCAGAGCAUUACAAGUGGUUGCAUGUGUUCUGCAUGCGCCGAUUCUGGAAAUGAAUGUUUGCGCAGUUGCUCUUAUUUGCAAUAUUAUAAUAGUGCUACAUCUAGCUGUGCUGAUUGUGAUUUGCCAUAAUAAUAAAAUGGCUUUGGAUGAGAUGAGAAUUUACUCUGUGAAUUUCCUCUCCCUCAUAUGGGAUUGAUUUUGCAUGUGCACUUCUGUCUGAUAUGUAAGAAAUGACGAAUGUUUCUGACUUCGCACCCUACAUGCAUUGUGUUUUAAGCGUUUUCUCUCCCUCUGGAGUUCAAAUCGAGAUUUGAGUCUAAUCUUGUGAUUCUUCAUGUCAAUUUGGCUGUGUGCGAAAUGGAGAUUGCAUCAUGAGUCUUGAUCCUUUAUGUGCAGCUGAAACUGGAUUUCAGAUUAGUGAGUGUACGAGCUGUGUGACUGGAGCAAUAGGAGCAGGCACGACGUGCGCCUGUCUGCAAAAUUACGUUUAUGACUCUAGCUCUAGAACAUGUACAUGUGAUCCAAAUUUAUAUCCUUGCGGAAGAUGUGAUAGCUUAUGUACAAGCUGUCUUAAUUAUAAUUAUUUCACUUGCAGCUCUUGCACAGGAAGUGGAGUCUAUCUAGAUCAAGUUUGCUUGAAUGAAUGCCCCUAUGGACUUUUUAGCAAUUCUGUUUGUGCCAGUAAUGCAUCUCCAGUCAUUGACCAAUUGUUUAACGGAGAUUUCCUUGGGAGCUAUGGGAUUUUUAAAACUGCGCAGUCAGAUACGAAUUAUUAUUUUUUCAAUAACCCAGAAAAUUUCGAUCCCAUUCCAGCUUAUCAGCGAGGCCUUUAUUUUUCUAACGGGAAGUAUUUGUGCUCGGCUACCCCCAUUUAUCUUAACGCUUGGCUUACAAUAGGGCUCUGAACAUAUACGAUCUUCAACGGAAUUAUAGUUUCAAAAGGGAGUGUCUUUACUUUGAGCUCUAGUUUAGUUGCAUCAGUAUCAUUAACCACAUUCAAAGGAAACUCUAGCAUUUCGACAACUCCUAUACCUUACACUGGCUGAACUUACAUCGCUAUUUCAAUGGCCUAUACAUCAGACUCUGUAGUUAUGAAGUUUUAUCUUGGUAGUACCUUAUCAACUACACUUACAACUCAAUAUGCCUUGUUCAGAGAUGCCAACUCUGAGUCUUUAUUCCUAGGGAGCCAGACAAGCUCCUUUGUAGGGUUUAUUUAUUCAUUUACAUUAUGAAAUCAGCUGGCGACUGAUUUUUCAGCACAAUUAUCUAAGCCUUGCAGUGCAGUACUCGACACUUCUUGCCUGUGGGAAUGCGAUAUAUUUAUGUAUAAUGAAGGAGGAAACUAUGUGACCUGCAAUAAUUGCUAUAAUGGCUGCGUAAGAGGCAAAAGCUGCAAUAUUUGUAAGGAUCCAUUAUGUAAAUUUUGCACUGGAUUUGGAGAUCAAUGCUCGGAAUGCGUAGAAAAUGCUUCAGGAACGCCAUGUGCUUGCCUUGCAGGGUUUUCCUCCCCAGAUGGAUUUUCAUGUACCUCAGGGUGUGCUAGAGGGUGUGCUGGCUGUUUAUCAACUUCCUAUUCUGACUGCACAUCUUGCCAGCCAGGCUAUUUUUUAUACCAAAUGAUUUGCUAUAAGUCAUGCCCAGCUGGAACUCUGUCUAAUUCUGUAACAAACAGCUGCGAUCAAGACUCUGUAUUUUCAAUCAGUCUCGAUUUCUAUUCUCUUGCUACUCUUCCAUCUGCAUAUACUGCUGUAGGAGCUGACUAUAUAAAUAAUCGUGGAUGAUAUUUUGAGCCUACAGAUUAUGUCUCUACAGAAAACAAGCUCAGCUAUUUCUUUGGAGUCUCUUUGUGGAUAUUUUUUACUGGGUAUAUCAAUGAAGACACUAUUUUUUACAUAGGUAGGGAUUCGGGGUUUAGCAUUAAAGGAAGCAGCCAAACUUUAACUUUAAAGACUCCAUAUUCUCCAUUUAUCGAUAACCAAGUUACGCUAAGCUAUAACUCUUGGCACUACAUUUAUUUCUCGGUCUUCAGAGAGAGAGAUUGGUUAGAGAGGGUUAAAACGGGGCUUAUUUCAGCCCCUGUCAAUCAAGCUUCAGCUUCACACACUUAUGGCUUGAAGCACUAAAGCCGUCUAACACCCUUUUCCUUCUAGGCCAUCAAAAAUGGUGAUGUCGUCAGUCUAACUGGGAUACUCACCCGAACCUACUUGGACCAAAAAUUGCAGCAAAGGGCUCUCUUACCAUGGUAGCGCUCAGGAUAUGAUGAAAGCGUCCGGUGCUUUCAUAUGGAACUACUCUGCCAUUUACAGGAACAUAAUGCUCCUCCAGAAGUGUCUGACUGGUGUUGUGCCGUUGGUCCUCUUGUCUGUGGAUCGAGGUGAGGUUCAGCCAGCCCAAAUCUUUGCCCUGAAAAAUUGCCACCUGCGACCCCCGUGGCCUUGCGCUUUUUAUUUUUUAAUUUACCGAAAUUUUGGGUUUCUUGUUUUCUGUUGUUCCUAUGCAUGCCAUGAUGUUAAAAUUUGAUCUUUAGAGAAGAUGCAGGAAAGUUGACAGAAACGCUGGUCAUUGACUCUAACUCUGUUUCGCAGACUAUUUCGUUUGCAAACACCUAUAUUGAUCCAGAUACAAAUUAUGUGAAAUAUAUUGGAUCUUGCCCUGAGUGGGCAGCUAGGGGGAUUGCAGGGUUUAGCGGGUUUAUCUAUUUCUUUCACGUCUUUCGCGAUGCUCAAAAUCCUUUUCCUUCGUCUGAAUAUAUAACUUCAGGAUGCCCUCCUUCAUUAGUCUGCCCGUCAAGAAACUGCAAUUACAAUGAAUAUCUAGAUUCAUAUUGUUUCAGCUGCCUUGCCAGUUGUACACAUGGAUGUGCCAAUGGGAAUGAUUGUAACUUAUGCUCCUUAGCAGGAUGCGAUGCUUGCACUGGAGCUUCUACUUGUGGGCUGUGCAAUGGAGAUUUAUUCUUUAUUGACGGUGAGUGCAAGUGUCGCUAUACUUUUUCAGCCCUAGAUACUUCUACAUGCUAUUGCCCAUCUGGCUUGCAAUUUAAGUCAGCAUGUGUGAAUUUUUGCCCAACUGGGACCUUGAAUUAUGGUGAAGGUAUGAGUUGCGAUCUCGAUAGCCAUCAAGGAUGAGUAUUUUCUCUAUUAUUGGACAAGAUUGAAGGAAUUGUAACAGAUUCAAUUAACAGCAUCAGCGUCUUAGCUGGAAAUUCAGAUAUUUUCUACCCUACUUAUGAUAGCAAUGACCCUAUUCCUGCUUAUAAAAGAGGCUACUAUUUUAACGGGAACUCACUGAUGCAGCUGCCUCCACAUGUGAAAAGCAGUUCAUCAUCUCUUAAUUUCGGUACAGAUGCUACUUUUUCCGUAUGAAUUCAGCCAAACUCUCCUACUUCAGGCACUAAGCAGAUCAUUUUUUCAAAGCAAAGCUCACCAACGGCAGCUUUAAUUGAACUCAGCAUCAAAUCAUCGAAUCUGUACGUUAGAACACAAUCAUUGCUUGGGCAACAAAUGUAUGUUUCUUAUCAUGCACUUUCGAGCCAAGGCUGAAAUUAUGUAGGAUUUUCUCUCUCUUAUAGCUUCCCAUACACGCAAGUGACAUUUUAUAUAAACAGCCAGUUCGACAUGGCAGCUCCUGCUAAAAGUCCCUUAUUAGAUUCAAACACUGCCUAUACUAUCUUGAUUGGCGCUCAGUACGCCUCAUCUUCUACAUUUUCUGACUUUUUCACCGGAUUUAUUUACAGUAUGAAUAUAUGAAUUGUUCCCAUAAAUCCACAUGCAACAAGUUGGCAUGGUGAGCCACCUGCUCUCCUAGAACUUAUAGCCAGAGACACUCAGAGACCUUCUAGAAGGAAGAAAAGGAUUUUUUAAGGCAUAUAUACAGCCGAGUUUUUAUUGGCUUGUUGGAGCGCAAGGUCAGAAAGCCAAUCUCAUGCUCACAUCGAGUAUAAGGUUUUGCCUCUGGGGAAGAAGGUCAGUCAAAGUUAUAAAAUGAAUGCCCAGCAAAUUUUUGGCAAGUCUUGGAGUUAUACCUGAGUUGUCUCUUGGUUUUCCUUGCGGAUCUAGGUCGGCAACCUGAACAGAAAAUUAUUUUUUUUCAAAUUUUCUGGAAUGCAGCCCACAUUGCACGCAAUGCACUCCAUCUAGUGUGCGGCCCACUUCUGGGAGAGCAGUAGCAGUAGCAGACAGACAGACAGACAGACAGACAGACAGACAGACAGACAGACAGACAGACGAGCGAAGCAAUAUGGAGACUAUACUUAUUCGAGGUAUCGCAGGGAGAUUUUCACAUAAUCUUAAUUAGUUAAGUUAAAUAUCCACAAAUCCUACCUUAAACGACGUCUCUUAUAAUUGCAACUCAGGAUGCACAAUUUGCCCAGUGGGGUAUGCUCCCAACUGUUUAGUAACCGAACCUAUUAGUAACUAUUAUGACUCCUCAACUUCUUCAUGGCUGCAAUGCUUGAGCUCUUGCACACUAAAAGGCUGUGUAAGAUACGAUGAUGUCUGCAAUUUGUGUGAUGACCCAUUAUGCGCUUCUUGCAACGACUGGACUGGCUGCUUAGCUUGUAUCGACAAUUGUGACCCUGUUCAGCCUCCAUGCACCUGCAAGAGCGGAUAUUGGUUAUCAAAUGGAAUAUGCACUAACUGCUUGGAUGGUGCAGUGCUUCAGGGAAAUAUAUGCAUUUGCAGUGAUCUCAAUGCUUCAUAUGACUAUAGCUUGCGCAAGUGUGUUUGCAACAGCGGAUAUCGUCUCUAUAAUGAUCUCUGCACUAAUUGUCCUAUUAAUGCUAUACCCCAGAGAUCUACAUGUGUUUGUAGUAUUGAUAACGCUUCAUAUGACUCAGCAUUGAAUCAAUGCAUUUGCAAUAGUUAUUAUUAUAUGGACCAAGGAGUCUGCAUUGCGUGUGUGAACUAUCUGGACAGCACCAAUAUUGCUGCAUCAUUUAUAAACAGUUAUUCAGGAAUCCAAUUCGAUUUUAAUAUUCCUGCAGAUCUAUCACCUGGAAGCUGUAGUUCAUCAUUUGACUCUGCUACAUUAUCGAAGUUCGGCUCAGGAUAUUCAUGCAGCUUCGCCUCAGAUUUUAAUUCGAUCACUGUUUUACUAGGGAAAAAUUACACAUUCAGCAGAGAAAAUGCAAUUUUUGUGCCUGGAGCAUUAAUAAGCUCAAGUCCAUUGUGUGGGAAAAAUAAACUUCAAGUUUCAGUUCCUGUAGCCUUGCAAGGAGAUUUACCAACUCCAAAAUUCACAUAUACAGCUCCUGCAACUCUUGAAUUAUCAUGCCAAGAUCUAUUAUUAAGUGCUAUUAUUAUCAAAGGCCUCCCUUAUGAAACAUAUAAAUGAACAAUCUCGUCUAACCCUUACGAUUCCGUAAUAUCCUCCUAUUCGACCCAAUAUAGCAGCUCUUAUGCUGACAUUAAUAUUUCAAAAGACAAUUUGAUUGAAGCAAUUAUUUAUGUAUCUUUUUCGAUGAAAAAUAAUUUUGGGAGUAUCUUAACGAUAAGCAAGCAAAUAAACGCAACAUCCUCACCAAUACUCACAAUAAAUAUUGACACAUCAUUGACUAGCAUAUUUGACAGGCUAAAAUCUUAUGCUAUUUCUAUUGGAUCAAUAACUUCUUGUCAAGUUUCUGAUAACCUAAGCAUAGCCUGAAGUAUUAGCAAAAUCAUCAAUAACGCAUCAAGCAUUGAUGAAAGCACGCUUUGGAGUGCCCAAAACUCCCAGUAUUUGCUGAUCAUUCCUCCAAAGACCCUUCCCGCAUCAUCUACGAUUACUUUUAAUGUCUUCGCAAAAGACUUGACUUAUAGCAGUUCUGGAGAAGCAAGCUUUAACGUUGAAACAGCUUCGUCUGACCCCAUCAUUGUUUUUAGCAGACCUGAUGGGGAUUCAGGAGUAAGCCAAGAGUUAGAGGUUGACUCAAGCAAUUCUUACGACCCGGACUAUAACUCGAACUUUUUAUUCCAAUGGAGCUGCAGGAUUUAUAACUCGGCUAUUGAUUACUCCAGCCUAAUUCAGGAUCGUGCCUCUUCUGUUCUAAAAGUCCCUGCAAACACUUUAACUCUUGGCACAGUCUACAGUUUUACAUUAAAUUUCACGAAAAUCACCACAAAUCCGCUCAGCACCAUCAAAAGUUCCCAAAAAAGCAUCAUCAUAACAGUUGUCAAUAAAUCAGUCCCUCCAGUAAAUAUCGUAGAGGUAUCCAACUCAAACCCGAGUAUCGCGAAUUCUGAUGCUACCUAUCGAAUUUCCAUUGAAGGCUCGCUAUCUUCAAUAGAUUGAUCCUUAAAAUCUUCUUCGGAUAUUGCUUAUUCAACUCCUCUAGAUUCUAAUUAUUUGGUCAUAUCUCAAAAUUCUUUGACUCCUGGUGCUUCCUACACACUGCUUGCUUAUGUUAACGAUAAUUUUAAGUUUACGUGGACUUUCUACGUAAACCAGCCCCCAACCAAUGGAAAUAUUUUGGUUGUACCUGAUGCAGGCCUUGAAAUGUCAACGAUAUUUACAAUUAGCGCAUUGGAAUGAGAAGACCCAGAAAGCAAUUUACCUCUUGAGUACUCCUUUGGCUACUAUAUCUCUGAUACUUAUCAAGUGCUUUCAGCCAAAAACCUUUCUUCGUUAAUUUUCGCAACUUUCCCGUUUUCCCCAGCAAGCAUCAAAGUUUCUGUGGAUAUUUAUGACUCUUUAUCAUCAAAAACCAAUAAAUUUUCCUAUGUCACGAUUAAUGAAAAUCCAAAUAUUAACCAGUAUAUUGAUUAUCACAUGAAUUUACCCACUUUAAACCCUCAGGCAAUUCCUGAGUUUGUAGCUGAGCUGUCAUCUCUCAUUUUAAAUAGAGACGAUAUUAUUAAUAAUGAAUACUCAGAGAUAGAUACUCAAAUGCAAAGUUCUUAUGAUAUAGCUAUUGACAAAAUAAAUUUCUAUAUCGGUACGAUGGAUAAAUAUAGCGAAGACUCCAGGUUAGGUUAGGUUAUUAAAGUCAGGCGUUUAGGUGACGUAGUCACUAAAGACCUCUGUACUGGAGGUUCUACCGCUUUUCGACUCUAGUCAAGAGGUUCUAUCCCCAAUAAUGGGUGCUACUUCCUGUACCUUCUGUCUCCUCCUUGCAGCUUCAAACUUCAGUGGGCGGUUUAUGGAUUUCUGCGGCCCUGCUGUAGUGAUUGGAGUAGCUUGAUUCCAUAAAUCAGCUCCUUGGAGUUUAUCGGGCACGAAAUGCCUUCCUCCAAACAGCUGCAGACAAAGGCUGCCUGCGGCCUGGGAAUACACAUUAAAUGGCGACACGUGUCGACCUGCCCUCUUGGCGUGCCAGUCCGGACCUUAUGGGUACGGCGAACUGGAACUGGCUCUGAGUUUUUAAUCAAGUGCAAGUUCAAGAGAUGAGUACCCAGGUAGGUUUUGGCUGCUUUCCUGUAUUGAUAAUGGAGGUGCCCAACAACGUCCUUUUGGAUCCGAAGGCCCAUGGGUAUUCCUCUACCGAGAAACUGGGGUUCGGCUCAGGCCAGGGAAGAAGUCUGUUUCCUGUAGUUGUCGAAGGAAGGCACUUCAGCAACCGACCAACCGCUGCAUCUGGGCUACAAAAUCCAUAAGCCGUCCACUCAAGACUGAAGCGGCAAGGCAAGGAGGAGACAGAAGAUCCGGAAGUGGCAUCUGCAUUUGGGGAAUAUACAUUUUUAGAUAGACUGUAAACAGCAACUUUUAUGAGGCCUUGGUGUGCAAAUAGAAAGUAUCCAAAUUUAACCUUAAAUAUUCAUUAACUAAAGAAACUACAAGUUAUAUGAUUGCAAUAUUAUGUGUUUAAAAACUAGUUUCACUGAAACUAGCUAAUAGCAUUAAUAGCAACUUAUCAUGCUGACUAUUUCGAUACCCAUGCAUAAGUGUCAGUGCAAUAGCUGUAAGACAUCAUGCUAAAUAAAUAGACAUAUUUUAUCAGAAUCUGUCAAGUAUAAUUUUGAUUCGUAAAAAUGAUUUCAAAUUUAAUUUACCAAGCUAGUUUCAGUCUACCGAAUAAUAGCUAUUAUAAAAAAAUUUUCUUAAACUUAAAACAAUAAUCUAUCUGAAUUAGAGAAUAAUACAAAUAUUGAUGCUUCAACCACUAGAGCCCUAUGGCAAGAAAUUUAUUUAAUAUUUGAGUAUAUUCAAGUUAUCAAGAAUCCAUCCUCAGCGAAGAGAUUAGAGAAUCUUAUUUAGUUAAUGAAUAUUUAAGGUUAAAUUUGGAUACUUUCUAUUUGCACACCAAGGCCUCAUAAAAGUUGCUGUUUACAGUCUAUCUAAAAAUGUAUAGAUCCUCUGGGCUGGAGACAAAAAGUGGUUGAACCUCCUGUAUGUGAGUUCUUUGGUGACUGCGUCACCCAAUAAGGCUAACACCUAACUUUAAUAACUUAAUGUAAACUAACCCCUUUGGCCUGGGCGAAACCCCCAGUUUCUCAAUAGAGGAUUGUCCAUGGUUCUCAGAUCCAAUGGAAAUUGCUGGAGACCUUCAUUUCCAGCCACAUAAAAGCAACCAAAACCUAUCCGGAUGCACAUCUCCUGAGUCUGUACUUGAUUCUCAGUUCGGAGUCCGUCACAGUUCGCUGUGGCCAUAAGGUCUAGACUGUUGCGCCAAGAGGGCAGGUUCGCACGAUCCGCCAUUUUAAUGUAUAACGAAGACUCCUAUACAACCAUUUUUUAUAUGCUUUAUAUUAUCACUUUGAAUCCUUAUAUAAAUACAUACGAUAAUAUCGAAAAAAUAAGCAUAGUUUCCGACUAUAUGAUUGAAAAUAAUAAAGAUUUUACAAUUGAAGACAGCCAAAUGCAGAUUUUUACAGGUAUUUGCAAUAAUAAUUUCAAGUUGUCAGAUUAUGAAGCUAUUAAUCACACAGCAACAGUUAAUCUUAUAGAUGAAAAUGUGAGGAAAAUCAGUGCAGUUUUACUAGAAGGGAUGGUUCCUGGGGAAUCACAUACAUUUAUUGAUGACGAUGUCUCUGUAGAAGUCUCUAAAGCUAAAACCUCAGACUUAUCUAACCAUAAAUUUACAUUAAAUCAAGCUUCAUUUACGUUGGGCUCCAAUAUUUCCGACUAUUUCAAAGACAUUGAAGAUGUUGGAAUAAUCCUGGCUGUGUAUAAUCCUACCCAUAACAGCACCGAUGCCCCGUGAUUUUCGUUGGUUUCUUUCAGACUGAUCAACCUGAAAACUUAUAAAGAGUUCUACUUAAACGACACAAGCUAUAACACUAUAAACAUUCCGGUUCAGAACUAUCAAGAAUCUAAAAAAGAUAACCCUAUUUACUGUAUAGCAAUUGCCCGAGGAUGGCGCUAUCUUGCGCCAUCCUUGGGCAAUUCAAAAAUGGCCCCACACCGGGAAUCGAACCCACGUGUGGGGCCAUUUUUGGUGUGUGGCUAACAUCGACUUACACGCACCAAAAAUGGCCCCACACGUGGGUUCGAUUCCCGGUGUGGGGCCAUUUUUUGGAUUGCCCGAGGAUGGUGCAAGAUAGCGCCAUCCUCGGGCAAUUCCUAUACAUUUUUAGAUCAUAAUGGCACGCGUUGGCAAAGCACAGGCUGCUUCCUGGAUUCUUUCAAUGAAACUGACGUAGUCUGCAAAUGCAACCAUUUAAGCAUUUUUUCUGCAUUUUAUGAAGACGCGUGGUCAACAGCAAGUGGGAGCAAUAUAGGGGAAACUAUAAAUGUCAACGCCUUUAGCGACUUCGAUUGGUCCACCAAUGCAAUUGGCUUAUAUUUUUGUCUUGCUGUGUUAUUCAUAUAUGCUGUUCUCACUCCCUCCUUCGUGAGCGAGCAAAACCAUUAGAAAAAUUCCUAUUUUUUGCCCAAAACUCACCCUCGUGAGUGAACAACAUAUUUUUUAAUAUGUAAGUGAUAAUUAAUAUAGCAAAGACUCUAUUUAAUUCUGUUUCAUUUAAACAAAUUGAAUUUUAAAACAUAAAUUUUACAAAUUAAAUUAAUAUUUGCUUUCCAAGUUUUUCAAAUUUGGAUUUUUUUUAUUUCGAAAAAAAAUUAAUCCCACCGUGAGCGAACAAAAUUUUUUGUUCGCUCACAGAGGGGUGGAGUCAGUGUUUUUGCAUGCAAAAUGGACUGAGCCGAAAAGAAAAGCAAAGAAAAAUCUCUUGCAUUUGACCAAGGCAAGCCUGAUGAUUUUGUGAUGAAAAACGACAUGAUGAUGCAAGCCAAGCGCCGAGAUAGAAGCACUAUCAUAAAAUUUGACGCGGAUGAUCAAGAAAACAGUCCAGGCUUAAAAGAUGAUAAAAUAGAAACAGCGAGGAGCGAGGAAUCAGCAAUAUAUAAUACCGAAAUGGUUGUAGUUUCUGUAGGCUCUGCGGAAAAAACAAAAGAUAGCUCAGAUAUGUCAAUUGUCAGACUCGAUUCUACCGAAAUAAUAAAUGUGGAAGAUUUCAAAAACCAAGUAAAAGAAGAACAGCCUAUAAGAAAGAUCUUCAGAGUCCUCAUUUUUGUUGCGAAAAACCAUGAUUUAAUUACGAUAUUUGUAAGCGAAGAAAAGCAAACCCAUUUUUCACGGCUGACAGCUUAUAUGAUUAAUAUAUUGGGGAAUAUGUAUUUUAUUGGACUAUUUUAUCAGUCCGAGCCAAGCGAUAGUGAAAGUGGCUAUUCUAUUGACAGUUUUCAAAAAGUUGUAAAUAGCUACUCGUUCCAAGACUUUUGGAUUAUGGUAUAUUCCUCAGGAAUCAUGUUGGUUAUAGGGAUUUUAAUGAGCUAUGCAUCUAUUAUUACUCCAGUUCCACCUUUUGAUGAUACACUGUAUCAGAGGAUUAAAAAGAAAAACUGCAUUAAGCUUUGCGCUUUUUAUUUUUUGUCAUUUGGGGUUCUAUUCUACUUUUGUUGGUCUAUUAUUUUAUUUUCCAUACAAUUUGAAUUAAGUGUUACUUAUUUAUGGAUUUGCAAUACAAGUGUUAGCUAUGGAAGUAAUCUAUUUGUAAUAUCAUUUAUCAAGAUUGCGUUUAAAGGCUUUGUGAUCUGGCUUUUACCAAUAAUUGUUAUGAGCAUUGGAAUAUCAAAUAGGAAAGUAGAAAAGAAAGAUAAACAAUAA